CGUAGUCGUCGGUCUUUCACGCUAACGCUGUACCCAGGUAGGUCGGCAACUUUCAAAGAAAAACUUCAGAGAAUGUCAGAGUGUAAAAAACCGUUUUUAUGUGUCAAUUUAUUUUUAACUUUUCGCCGCCAUAAAUGUUGCAGAAACAGCUUUUACAAAAAGAAGAAAGAAAGAAGAAACAACCAGAAAAAAAGAACUCAACCAAACUAACAAGAAGAACAACAAAAACACUCUACAAGAUUGACAGCAACUGUCCAAAGAAACCAAAACCCACACACUUCAAAUGCUGUGUUCAACGCUCACCAGCCAAUCAAAGGAGUGGAGACUUCUGAUUCCCUCUGUCAAGCAGGAAUAAUUCAACUCCACCCUUGUAUUCCGACGGCGCAUGUUUUUGCUGCAGCAACUGCUGUCAAAAAUGGAUGGAUGGGUUUUCGGGCCGCGCCCAUUUCGUGGCAAAGCAGAUUUUACCUUCCAAUCUGCUCAGUUCGUUCAGUGCCAUUGGUUAGGACGGUAGUCUCUGUCUAUUAUAUUGUUCGUGUUCCUUCCAAAUCGGAUUAAAAGAUUAAAAAUUUGCGUGAUCCAAACCCGAAAUCGCAUUAAUCCAAACCGGUCGAGUCGGGUUGAAUCGAAUUGAAUUCACAGAAGAAACAAACGACACAACUGUCAUCCAUUUGACAGGUAAAAACGUUAGGCGCCUGACAUUUUGAAUAUAGGGUUCACGCGAGAAUGAAACGAAUGCAGCUCUAUAAUGGUGGCGGUCAGUGAUGUGGCACUUGAACAUCGGGUUGUGUUGUGAAUGUGAACGUGAACGUGAAUGCGCCCCGACAAAAAUAGGCGUGUGGUCGGUGUAUGUAGAAUUGGAGAGAAUUGUAGGGACAACUCUUCACAUCGCUAAAAAGCAACAUGUUAGAGGGAGACCAACAUCAGUUUUAAGUAUGGUUGGAUGACACUUUGCUCAAUUGUUGUUGUACGUUUGGAAUUCGGGGAGUGUGUUGUGUUCGUGUUGCUGUCAAAUUGGAAAAAGUGUUAAAACUAAAAAAAAAAAAAAACAAAACAAACAGGUCUGCUCUGCUGCUGCUCUGUGAGAAAAGCAAUCCAAGAGAAUUAUGUGAUUCAAUGGUGGGUUCAACCAUUACGGGGCCGUCCCGCUUGAGUAAACAUCUCAUCACGGUUCUUCUACCCGUUUGAUUGUCACCGUUGUUGACGCUAAGCUAGUUGCCGCGGAUACUAAAAGUGUUUCCAUGAGAUUUUUAUCAAUGUCCAUUUUUAUUCUCGUUGUUUUAUUAUUGUAAUUUUGUUUUUUAAAUAGAGUGUAUUUUUUCUUGCUAACCAUGUCUGUCUGAUCGAAUUGAUUAUGUGUUAUAGUUAAACAAAAUAAAUAAUAACCAAUAUUAAACAAAGGCCAAGUUAAGUGAAUCGGUUAAAAUAAUAAUAACCUACCUACCAACCUAGUAUUGGAUUGGGCACGAUUUAGAUAUGUGUAGGUAGUUAGAAAAAGUGCGUUAAUUCCAAAGUUGUUAAUCGACAAGAGUGCUAAAAAAGUGCCGUUUUGUUUUCAUUUUGUUUUAUUUUUAUUUUGUUUGUAAUUGCCGUUGUUUUCAUAAGUGAAUAUGUGUAAUGAAUUGAAAUAAAGUGCACCUGUUUAACGGAGUCCGAGCAAUAUACGUUUCAUAAACAAACAAACUAAUUCCAUGUGUUAACGACUUAAAAGGAUUUCAUUGGAUUACUGAAGGUGUUGUUUUUUUUUGUAAAUGGUCUAAACGUUCCACAAAAAUAAAAUCUCCGCGCACAAUAAUGAAAAAGAUGUCAUAACUAAAAACAAAAAAGCUCUGUGUUAUAAAUUCGACUGAUUAAAAAUUAACUACAGUAAAAACACAAACAACAAAUAGGUUAAUAAAAUUUUGUGGUGCACUUUUGUUGAUUAUAAAAUGCAAGAAGUCUGCAGUAGUUUAGACCCCCAAAUGGGCGCACAAAUCAAAUCCGAAUCCCCGCUGAAUCCAUUGCACAUUCAAACUGGACAAACAAUAAUACCACCAUCAGUUGUUAUCGGUGGCAACACUCCAGGUGGGCCUGUCGUUGUCUCCGGAGGAGGUGGCGUCGGCGUUGGCGGCGGUGUAGGUGGCGGCAGUGGUAAUAAUGGUGGUGUUGGUGGCAUUGGUAGCUCCACACCGAACAACAAAAUGGCACCAAACUGUGAUAAACGCGCCGAUACGGCAUAUUGGAUGGCCACCGAAAGUGGCUUCAUUAAUUCUCAGCCAUCGAUGGCCGAGUUUCUCAAUCACCUGAGUCCGGAGAGUCCCAAAAUGGUCGGAACUCCCGGAUAUCCGGUUGUGCAAGCGGUCGACAGCUUGGACUCGGUGCCCGAAUACCCCUGGAUGAAGGAGAAGAAGACAUCGCGAAAGAACAACAAUCAAGAAAAUGGCCUGCCUCGUCGGUUAAGAACCGCAUAUACCAACACCCAGCUGCUGGAGCUCGAAAAGGAAUUCCAUUUCAAUAAGUAUUUAUGCCGCCCUCGAAGGAUUGAAAUUGCAGCUAGCUUAGAUCUAACCGAAAGACAGGUUAAAGUGUGGUUUCAAAAUCGAAGAAUGAAGCAUAAGCGUCAAACGCUCUCCAAGACCGAUGACGAAGACAACAAAGACAGCUUAAAAGGUGAUGAUGACAAUCAGUCAGAUAGUAAUUCGAAUUCGAAAAAAUCAUGUCAAGGCUGUGAGUUACCAUCUGAUGAUAUCCCCGAUUCAACGUCGAAUUCGAGGGGUCACAAUAAUAACACCCCAAGUGCAACAAACAAUAAUCAAAGUACCGGAAGUUUAACUCCUAAUUCAACGUUGGAAUCAGGAAUAUCGUCGAAUAAUAAUAAUCUUGGCAAUAAUACGGUUUCGGCUUCAAAUGUGAUUAGCGCUGAUUCAAGCGUGGCAUCUAGUGUGAGUUUAGAUGAUGAAGACGAUAGUCCGGCUAAGGUCAAGAAAAAAGAUAGUGAACAGAUUGUCAAAAAAGAGGCUGUAUCCACUUCCACGAAGCAUUCACCAUUUAGUAGCUACGAAGUCUAUCGUAGGGACUCUGACGCCAGCAGUGGUGGUAUUUCGAAUCAAGGAUCACAUUCAGGCUUGGUUGCGACUGGUCCAUCCCAAGUACCAGUUUCAACUUCGCUCCCAGCUACAACCAAGAAAGGUCGAUAUCAAGCAAAUCAUUCCGCAAACAACUCACUUCACGAUACCAACUAUUUUCCCGGAUAUUAUCCGCAGCAAAAACAGUCCACAACACCAAUUCACCAAUCUCCGCAUGCGAUAGCUGCCCAACAACAGCAACACCAACAGCAUCAACAGCAGCAGCAACAACAUCAAGACUACUAUGGAAAAUAUGAAAUUGAAUUCGCUGCCCAUCAUCAAACCCAAAAAGUGCAACUUAACACUCCAACGCACAACGGUGGAGCAGCUGUGGGAGUCGUUCCAGAUUUUGUCCAUCACCAGCAACACCUGCAACAACAACAACAUCCGAACGUUAUCAAAUCACCAGAAAUGAGUUCACUCAAAAUCCAUGACUUUCAAACCAAACCGCCACCUCCACACUCCAAUUACCAUCCACAACAAAAUUCAAAUUACUAUCAUGGGCAAGACCCGAACUGCGUCACUACCCCAUACCCCAACCACAGCUAUGGCUACAACCACAAUGAUUACGACUCAGCGACGGCAUCUAUGAAUUCGAGCGGCAACUACUACCACGACCCGAAGACCCAAACCACCGGAUACUACGAGAACGCCUUCCAUCACCAUCCACACCACCAGCCCCAACAUCCGGAAUACCACAGCAACACCGCCGCCGAUGCGACAAACUACAUGCCUACAGGUCCACAAGCGACAAAUAUGGUGGACCACUGCGAAAACUACAAUUUCCCCGGCUACUACGAGCAGCAUUCCCAUCCACAUCCUCCCCACCAUCCACACCAGAUCCAGGCCACGAACCAGCAGCAAAUGCACAUACAUCCGGGGACGGCAGUCAAUGGAAACUUCGUGAACACCGCUGUACAGCCGUUUCCCAUGGCUGCCGCCUCGACCGUUACAAAUUCAAAUCUCACCGGCUUAGUAGAGAACUCGAAUAGUUCGUCGGAUUUUAAUUUUCUUAGCAAUUUAGCAAAUGACUUUGCCCCCGAAUAUUAUCAAUUAAGUUAGUUAAUUUAAUUUAAUGUACAUUUCAUAAUAAAUUCAUCUAUACGUAUAACAAGAAGUUCAACAAUAAUAUUCAAGAUACAAUAUUUUAUAUUUAAUUUAAAAUUGUUUACUCCAAGUAGAUUCUUAAUCUUAAGUCGUCGAGAAUUAAUAAAAUAUAACAAAAAUAUAAAAAAUAAUUUAAUUAACUUAGGAGAAUAGUUCAAAUGGAAAUUAAUAAAAAUGUGUAUCUAAGAGAGAAAACAUUUUGUACAUAAUUAUUAAAAAAUUGUAUUUCGUUUAAUUUUAUGAACAAAAUCUUAAUCAAAAUUGUGCUUUUUUAAUUUUAAAUAUUAAAUUAAAAUUGUAUUUAAGCUUUGUAUAUUGAAAAACGUAAUUUUUAUUAGAGGUCUAUAAUGUUAUGUGUAUAAAACGAAGAGAGAGAGAAAUUAAGUUAGUUUUGUUUUUCUUUAUAAAUAUAUAAUUUUAUUAUUUUUAAUGUUUAAUUAUAAAUAGUUGAAUCUUUGUGAUUCGGGUGCAAUUGGAACCACGUUUUGUCGUUUUUUUUUAAUUUUUUUGUACAGAAAAUCAAAUCUUUUAUGGUAUUUAAAAUUAAUAUUAUUACUGUAAGUGAAUUAAAAUAUAAAAAAAAAACAAUUUUCAUAUCUUUCGGAAUAAAAAAGAAAACACUUUGUGAAUAAAAUAAUACGUAAAUAUACAUAACAUGUCAACAUUA